AUGGAGGCCAUCAAGAAGAAGAUGCAGAUGCUGAAGCUGGACAAGGAGAACGCCCUGGACCGGGCGGAGCAGGCGGAAGCCGAGCAGAAGCAGGCGGAGGAGCGGAGCAAGCAGCUGGAGGACGAGCUUGCCGCCAUGCAGAAGAAGCUGAAAGGGACGGAGGAUGAGCUGGACAAAUACUCCGAGGCCCUGAAAGAUGCCCAGGAGAAGCUGGAGCUGGCGGAGAAGAAGGCGGCGGAU